AUGUGGCCCGCCCCUGUCCCCACUCGUCAAAUCCUCGUACCUCACCUCGAGCUUGCUGGCAACUAUGGGUAUGCACCAACUGCACUCUCUCCAGUGGUAGCCAAUCCUGCCAAACGCCGUCGGGCAAGUAAACCCAAGGUUCGGACAGGAUGUAAAACCUGCAAGAUACGGCGCAUCAAAUGCGAUGAAACCAAACCCAGCUGUAAGCGCUGCACCACCACCGGUCGCAAGUGCGACGGUUACGAGUUCCUCAAGGAGCCUUCGGAGAGCUCAAAAGCAUCUCCACUAUCGCCACUUCGACGACCGGAGUUCAACUUCCAACAGCUAUUUCAACCCGGAUCAAUCUCAAAACCGUUUCAAGGCAAUACCCAGGAACGUCGAAUUUUCCACCGCUUUCAAUAUUGUACCGUACCAGCGUUCGCUGGUGGGUCGGAAACCGGGUUCUGGACCAAGCUCGUACUCAAAGUGGGCCAAGAGGAACCAGUUGUCCGGAACGCCAUCAUUGCUCUGGGAACACUACAUGAGGAUUACCAGGAUCGGUGUGGCAAAUAUACGACAGAACUGAUAGACGACAAGAGCUAUCGCCACGCGUUGAAGUUAUAUGGGGACGCACUCCGCCAAUUGAAUCAACGGUUGAAUCUCCCUUCAAGGACCAACGCCAAGUUGGCCAUCAUUGCAAGUAUUUUAUUUGCAUGCUUCGAAGUCCUUCGUCGCAACAAUAUGGCAGCAGUCAUUCACUACCAACUCGGCAUGAGAGAAUUGAUCCGUCAAAUGAAUCUUCCAGAAGGAGAUGACAUGUCUCUCACGCCCUAUUCGCCUGAAGAGUAUGCCAGUUCACGGGCGACCUUUCGAGAGAUUCCUCAAAAUGAACUCGACGACCUACUGCGAGUGUUUGCACGUUAUGAUAUCCAAGCAUGUACAUUCUCCAAAGAGAAGGCAGAACCUUUGACCUACCCAGUCACCGCCCUACCACGGAUAAUGCCAACUAAUCUGACCUUGAGCCAAGUCCGGAAUCAUCUCGAUAAUCUCCUUGUCUCUGUCUAUCAACUGGUAAAAUCCGACUUGAAGAUGUACCGCUAUUGGAAGGCUGAAUUGGUUCCACUGGAAUGGCGGACGCAGACGCAGGAAGCGAUUGAGGUCUUCGACGCCUGGAUUGGUGCUCUAGAAGAAUUCUUUAGACUGGAGGGAGGGAGACUUGGUCAGGCUGAGAUCAAAAGUCUUCUCGGGUUACGACUGCAGAUUAAGUGCGCAGUUAUCAUGCUAAAGGUCAGCAUUGAUUGUGGGCCCGAAACCGUUUUCGACAACUUCCGGGAUGAUUUCGAAGAUAUGGUGACAAAAGUUGAACAAAUGACUGCGACCUUCAAAAUGAGUGAUGCCCAACCCCUAGAGGUCGAGAAUACACCAUUUACUAUGGAACUUGGGGUCGUACACCCACUUUUCUUCAUAUCUUGCAAGUGUCGAGAUUGGAACAUUCGGCGGCGUGCUUUGGCUCAACUGAAAAAGGCAGGCAAGGAAGGUGUUUGGGAAGGACCAAUUAUGGCCGUUCUCGGUCGGAGAGUCAUGUUACUUGAGGAAGAGGGUAUAGCCAUGGACGAUGUGAUACCCGAAGCGAAUCGAUUUCAUGAGCUAAAGAAGAAUGUGGAUUAUGAUACACGGCAGAUCUUUUGGGAGGGGACAAAAGCAUUGGAUACGACUUGGAAGAAUUUUUCAAUCCACAGGGAUGCGACUCCGUUCUGA